CCUCUCCUCCCUGUCUCAUGUUUUGUCCAUAUUUUAUGUUAUCAGAACACAUUGAGGGACGGGUUUCCUUAUGAGCGCCGGCCAGAGUCCAGGGCCUUCAUUCCUGCUGAUGAAGGAGACUACUACUACACUGCGGCUGUGUGGGGGGGGUACCUGGAGGACAUGUACAAGCUAGUCAGAUACUGUUACAAGCAGUCGGAGGAGGAUGCCAAGAAUAAGAUUGAAGCUAUCUGGCAGGAAGAAAGUCACCUCAACAAGUACCUGCUGUACAACAAACCAACCAAGGUGCUGUCUCCAGAGUACCUGUGGUCAGAUUACGAUGGGAUACCAGAAGACAUUCGAGUUGUCAGGAUUUCCCAGUUGAUCAAGAACUACGCAGAAGUGCGGCCAAAUGGUGGACAUUGAUGUCAAGUCACUGACAUUUAAAGAAUAAUAUAAGUGGUUUGAGUGUAUGGGCUGCUUUUUAUAUUCAGUUUUUUGUAUAUUUAACAGUAUGAAUAAAUUACUGAAAUAAAUAAGCAGAUUUUAAUCUCUCUGUAGACAUUAAUUAAAGUAAUCUUG